CUUAUUAUAUUUGAAUGUCCUGUACGGUACCGUACUUAAGUACCUACCUUUCUUUUCUUAAAAUAAUUUGUUAAGUACAUACCUAAGCAAUUGUAGAAGUCUAUCAUCAAAAGUCAGAUCUGGUUACAAAAUGGUUCGGUAUUUUCAAAACCCUUACGAAGAUUACGAAUGUGGUGCGGUUGCUAUCUAUAUAGACACUAUUUGUGGACAAAUAAAUGAAUAUUUAGAAAAUAUUACUAAGCGCUUACCAGCUACACGAUCUAAAGUCGACGGUGGUCUUUAUGUCGGCGUUACGGGAGUUUCUUUCAUGUUUUACCAAUUGGCGAAAAAUCUGCGCCUGUCAGAAAAUAAAUCGGCUUAUCUUGCAAAAGCACUGGAAUAUUUAUCACCUGCCCUAGAAGUGUCUGCAGGAGAUAAAACCUCCUUCUUACUGGGGGAUGCUGGCACAUAUGCUUUAAGUACAGUUUUGUACAAAGAAAUGGGUGAUGGCAAUUUUAAAGAAAGUUUGAAACAAUAUCAAUCUUUGUUUAAGCUCUAUCUCAACCCAAAAUUUUUAAAGUGCGGAGGAGACGAGUUUUUCGUGGGUAGAGCUGGGUACCUUGCUGGAGCGCUCUGGCUAACCAGAGAACUGCAAACUCCAAUAUUAUCGCCAGAUGAAUGGUUCCAGUUAUGUAAUGUGAUUGUUGAUUCUGGUCGAGAAUAUUCCUCUAAAUUCAAAAGUCCUUGUCCGCUCAUGUAUCAUUAUUACAAUACAGAGUAUUUAGGAGCUGCACACGGACUCUCUUUUAUAUUACAAAUGCUGUUAACUGUACCUGGGUAUAUAUCGCACAACAAGUCAGCCGCACACGAUAUCAAAACAACUAUAGACUAUAUGGUAUUCUUACAAACUGAUGAAGGAAACUGGCCAGCUUGUAUGGAAGAGAGAACCAUGAAGGAGCACAAAUUAGUACACUGGUGCCAUGGAGCGCCUGGAGUAGUAUACCUCAUGGCAAAGGCUUAUUUAGUAUACCAAGAGCAGAAAUAUCUUGAAGCUUGUAUUAAAGCAGCUGAAUUAAUCUGGAAGAAGGGCUUGCUCUUUAAAGGACCUGGUAUCUGCCAUGGUGUGUCCGGUAAUGGUUAUGUUUUCCUUCUGUUGUAUCGGCUUACUGACGAGGAAAAAUAUUUAUAUCGGGCAAAGAUGUUUGCUGAGUUCCUGAACACAGAAGCUUUUAACAGAGAUGCCAAACUGCCUGAUAAUCCUGAGAGUUUGUAUGAGGGAGCAGCAGGUGCUGUUUGCUUUUUAUCAGAUCUACUUUACGUAGAUAAGGCUGAAUUCCCAUUCCAAGAUGUAUUUACUUCUUAUUAGUGUAUACCGCUGAAGGAUUUUGGUUAUUUAUUAAAAAAUAUCUGUCUCUUUUCUUUGCUUCUCAACAAUUAUCUAAUUUAUACUAAUAUUAUAAAGCUGAAGAGUUUGUUUGUUUGUACGCACUAAUCUCGAGAACUACUGGUCCGAUUUGAAAAAUUAUUUCAG